CGAUCACGUGACCAAUUACCAUCCUAUUGAAAUACCAACAGGGUCGAUAUACUAAGUUUUGUGAUAUGGCCUCAUACACCCAAAAAUGUGAUGUGUGUGACCUCCGAAACAUCAACAAACCAUCCAUAAUCUGGUGUACGGAAUGUGAUGAAGGGCUCUGUCAAGAAUGUCAGGAACACCAUAGUUUGUCCAAGGGUACUAGAAAUCAUAAUACUAUAGCAUUUACGAAAUACCAAACAUUACCUAUUGAUGUACUUCAAAUCACGCAAUACUGUAGCAGUCACGAAGACAAAUUUAUAAUGUAUUGUCGGAAACACGAGCGUCCCUGCUGCAGAAGAUGCAUAAUUGAAAUUCAUAAAGAAUGCCCGAAUAUCGACAAUUUAGAAGACGUCAUUCAAAAUGUAAAAACCUCAAAUGCCUUCCACGAUAUUGAAGAAACAUUGGUUGAAGUAGCAGAAAAUUUAAAGAAAAUCAGUCAACAUCAGCAGAUCUAUCUGUUGAAUUUGAAAGAAAAAAGAAAACAAAUUCAAAAAGAAAUUCAAAGGACACGAAUAACAAUCAACAAACAUCUAGACAAAUUACAAGAAGAUUUGAUAAAACAACUGAAUACUGUUGAAGAAACAGAGAACUCGAAAGUGUGUCAGUUGUUGUCAUCACUUGAACAGAGAGAAAAAGAAAUAAUCAAAUACCAGCAAGACAUUGCAAACAUUAAACAACACGCAUCAGACCUUCAGAUUUUUCUUUCACUUAAGCAAAUCGAACAAGACAUUAAUGUAAAUGAUAAAUUCCUACAAUCCGUAAUGGAAGGUGAUCAAUUUAAGCAAUGUCAUCUAGAAUAUAGAACCAACAUUGAUAUUCAGAAUACCAUGUCAAAUAUCCAAAGUUUUGGAGAAGUACAUAUUGAAACUAAAUCAUGUGACAUCCUUCUUAGCAGGAAGAAGACAAAACAAGCACAGAUAAUGGUACCAACCGUUCAAACAGGAUCCCUUGAAGAUAUAAAGCUGCGGAUGAACAAGACAAUAGCAACUCAAGGUACAACAAUCUACGAUUGUUGCCUGAUACCAGAUGAUAGAAUGGCGUUUACUAUUUACCUUUCUUGUGCAGUUAGAGUAUACAGUGAUACAGGAUUAAAACAAUUUGAGGUGAAGAUGCCACGUUACGCACUAAAUAUUCUGUAUAUAAGUCUGGACGAUACUUUAGCCGUAUCAUCUGGUGGUUCAUGGGAGCAUUGUAUUUCCAUAAUAAACGUUAAAAGAAAACAAAUCACGAAAACAAUUACACUCGACUCGUAUAUUUAUGGCAUAGCACUUAGAGAAAAUAAUUUAAUAUAUUCCGCUAAAAACAAAGGAUUGCGAAUUAUUAGUCUUUCCGAUGAGUCUAUAACUCAAAUAGUCAGAGAUGAAAUGCCCAGUGAAUGUAACAUUGCAACAUUUCGGAACCAAAUAUAUCACACAAACUCGGAAACGCACGCCGUUACUUGUUACGAUAAACAAGGUAAACCGCAAUGGACAUUCAAAAAUGGCAGCCUUCUGAAGGUUCCUCGUGGUAUUGAUGUAGAUAAGGAUGGUAAUGUGUAUGUGGUGGGGUCCAGGUCGAACAAUGUUGUAGUUAUCUCCCCUGACGGACAACGCCAAAGAGAAGUAUUAGCAGCAGGUGAUGGCAUUCGUUGUCCUUAUUCACUUUGUUUUAAUCAUUCAAAGAAGCAGUUGCUAGUGGCUAACUGGAUUGAUGAGGCCCGACUGUAUGAUUUUAUUUGAAAAAUCUUUUUAAUUAUGUUCUAUCUUUAUUUCUAUUUUGUAUCGUCACAGUUACAAAUUUUUCGAUGAAAUGAUUUGUUUGACAGUUGACAUAAAUUAUGUUAUGUCAUAUCUUGAUGUUUUAAAUAUGCUUUUAUUAGAUUUUACAUAGACAAAAUACAUAAAGUAGAACGGUUUUACACGAUCCAUUCUCUAAAAAAAGUGUUGAUUUAUAAUUGACCAAGUUGCAAAAUAUUCAGGAUUCAGAACUUUUUUUUAAUAUCUUCUAAAUGUUAUCAUUAUUUGGGCAAGAGAUAUGUUUCCAUAAAGGAAAAUAUUAUUAUCAGAUAAUUAUUCGUUAUAACUAUAUAUGGAUAUAUUAUCUUGCAUAUCUUACAUAGAUGUUAUAACUUACAUAAUGUUAACAACAUGUUUGUGUUGAUACAUGCACUGUAUGGUAUGAUCAGAAAGUGCAAAAGGAAUUUAGCCUUUUUCCAUUGAUUAUUAUGAAAAAAAUAUAUGCUAAUUUGAACGGCGAAGAAAGGUAUUUAAUACAACAAUUUUAUUUCUACAAUCUUUGCAUCAACUAAUAUAUAUUGGGAUCUGCUCAACCUUAAAGUUCAACAGGAAAUUGUUUGUUGGUUAGGCCAAGAUAAGUUAUUCUUCAAAAGCAACCUAGAGAGGACCUACAAAUAUUUGUUGACUAUCAUUACACGCAGCUUAGAAUUAAUGACUCCAUUCCUAGA